AUGUCCUCUCGACUAUCCGCAGCUCGCUACGGCAAGGACAAUGUGCGCGUGUACAAAGUCCAUCGGAAUCCCGAAACAGGCGAGCAGACCGUGGUCGAGAUGACCGUCUGCGUGCUAUUGGAGGGAGAGAUUGAUGAGUCAUACACAAAAGCAGAUAACAGCGUCAUCGUCGCAACCGACUCCAUCAAAAACUCUAUCUACAUCCUCGCCAAACAGCACCCUGUCACACCCCCCGAACUCUUCGGCUCCAUCUUAGCUUCCCACUUCAUCCAGAAAUACCCCCACAUUCACGCUACCCACGCUACCGUAGUAACCCACCGCUGGGCGCGCAUGGACAUCGACGGCAAGCCUCACCCGCACUCGUUCGUCAAGAACGGCGAAGAAACGAGAACCGUGCAGGUGGAUGCGACAGAAGGCGUGGGUAUUGAUAUCAAGACGGGUAUCCGCGGCUUGACGGUGCUCAAGAGCACCAACUCACAGUUCUGGGGGUUUUUGCGGGACGAGUAUACCACGUUGCCGGAGACUUGGGAUAGGGUGUUGAGUACGGAUGUCGCAGCUGAUUGGCAGUGGAAGCGGUUGAGGGAUUUGGAGGAUGUUCGUGCAAAUGUGCCCAAGUUUGAUUCUACUUGGACGGCGGCAAGGGAUAUCACCCUGAAGACCUUUGCGGAGGAUAACAGUGCUAGUGUUCAGAACACGAUGUACAAGAUGGCGGAUGAGAUUUUGGCGUAUCAGCCGUUGGUAGAGACGGUGGAGUAUUCAUUGCCGAACAAGCACUAUUUCGAGAUCGACCUCAGCUGGCAUAAAGACCUCAAGAACACGGGUGAAAAUGCCGAAGUAUACGCUCCGCAGACAAACCCCAACGGUCUGAUCAAAUGCACAGUGGACCGGUCGUCCCCCGGCCAAGUCAAGGGGAAGUUGUAG